ACGUUCCCGCGGCGAUGAAGCUCAGGCAGUCAUCGCUGAAAUCCUUUUUCUCGGAAUCAAAAUCUGCUACCACCAAUCUCACUUCUUCCACUGCCACUGCCACCGCCACCGGCCUCUCUUCUUGUACCACCUUCACCACGGCCGGCACCGACGUGCCCGCUGCUUCCGCCACCGUUCCAGCCACUAGUAAGGCCGUCUCUUCCACCUUCACCACCACCGCUGCCUCUGAUUAUGAGCUUCUGCGUGAGGAAAACAUUCGUCGGAAUCAAGAACUGUUGAAGAAACUAGGCCUUGCUUCCCCUAUUAAUCUCCUUCCGACGAAGCCAUCGAUCUCAAAACCGAAACCGCGCCCCAAAUCAUCGGCACCCAUCUCGCCCCCUUCGGUCCCUCUCCGCCGGAGCGCCCGAAAGCGGCCGCAAACCCAACCCCAUUCGAAUGAAGAAACCGAUUCCCCCGGCGAACCUGUGAAAGAGUUGCAGUUCGAGCACUCAUGCGUCUAUAAUUACGCUUGCAAACGCAUUUGCCUCAGAGAAUCGGUUGGUGGUGUUUCUUCUAGUGGUAAAUUUGUCGGCUUUGAGAUGGUGGGUCGGCCGUUGGCCGACCCUCUACUCGCCAGAAUUUAUACCGUCGAUGUGUGUGCUGCUGGAGCCGGCGAACCUCGGGCUCUAGUGGCUGCAGGUGGCCAUGGCGGCUUCGUUUCAAUCUUCGGCACUUCCAUGGAUAGCUGCAGUCAAGUUCAUGAAGAAGAUGGUGAAAAGGUCGAAGCCAUUGAGCCUCUAAUGUCAUGGAAAAGCAGUAGGAGUUGGGUAUCAGGGGUUAGAUUUGCGGGUUCGAAUGCAAUGCUGGUUGUUUCUACCUCCAAUGAUGGUGGAAUUCUAGUUUGGGAUGUUUCUAAGCAACCAAUCACCAAUUCUGCUUCUUGGUCCCCUCCUGUUGUGGGACAAGUGAGAGAUUUGCAUGCUGGUGGUAUAUAUUCCAUGGAUCUGUUAAAGGAUGUGAUUGUUACAGCAUCAAAGGAUUCUUCAGUGGGAUUUUGUAGGAUGGAUGGUAGUGGUGGAGUUUUCGUAGAUAGGAGCAUUUCAGGCCAUCAUUCAGGUGUGAUUAGAGGGGUUUGUUUCAGAGAUGCAGAUAUUCUUGCCGACUGCGGUGCAGAUGGUAGGAUAUGCGUUCUUGAUACAAGAUUGCCAGAGGCGUGUACCAUGACGAUUAAUUCUGACCACUCGACUGGCAUCAACAGCAUCGAGUGGAGUCCAUCAAAUGAAUUUAAGCUUCUUUCUGCAAGCAAAGAUCCCGAAUUGCUUCUUUAUGAUGUCAGAAAUCCAAGCGAACCCCUUCAGAAGCUUCUUGGUCACGUUGGUUCUACUGUUAGAUCAUGUAACAACAUAUACAGGCCUACAUUUGUUGGGAAUGAUGGUGCAUAUAUAGCAACUUCAGGGCAAGGAACAAAGAAAAUAUCAAUAUAUGAAGUGGGGACUGGGAAGAUUGUUAGCCAAGGCUUUAUAGGUUAUGAUGCCAAUUUGGUGUUUUACACUUCUAAUGUGGGAGGGCUGCCAAGACUAUGGGCUGCAGCAAGGCAAAUUGACCAACUCUCUCCAAUAUGGUGACAGAUUGCUGGAAGUUGGAACUGCUGAUAUAGAGAGAUGGUUGCUUCACUUGGCUGAUGCUCUGAUCAGCAAAGAAAUAUCAACCUGGCUGGGUACUGAAAUUUGAGUUGCGGUGCUUUCACAAGGUGGUAUUCGUCUCCUAAAUAUCGACCCCAGUAGCUGAUCUGUAAUCAUGGAUACAGUCACAUCUUAGUCCGUUGGUGCAUUCUAGAUGAAUGAUGUGCCUUACACACAUUAUGUAUGUUGGACGAAGCAUGGCAUACGGCUUGCUAAACAUGAGAAGUAACAAGUUUUUAUCUCCGUAUUGUGUCGAUCUAAGACAAGCAGAAAAUCAUUUUUGUAAUAUACUG